CUUGGUGUUACACAAUUUUCUCCAACUCAUGCCAGAAAAGCCUUUCCGUGCUUUGAUGAGCCUAUCUACAAGGCCACUUUCAAAAUCAGCAUCAGGCAUCAAGCAACCUACCUAUCUUUGUCCAACAUGCCAGUUGAAACUUCUGUUUUUGAGGAAGAUGGAUGGGUUACAGACCACUUUUCACAGACCCCUCUCAUGUCCACAUAUUACCUAGCUUGGGCAGUGUGCAAUUUUACGUACCGGGAAACUGUCACCAAGAGUGGAGUUGUUGUACGAUUAUAUGCAAGGCCUGAUGCAAUCCGAAGAGGAUCAGGGGACUAUGCUCUAAAUAUCACAAGGAGACUCAUUGAAUUUUAUGAAGAUUAUUUUAAAGUGCCCUAUUCCCUGCCAAAAUUAGAUCUGUUAGCUGUGCCUAAACAUCCGUAUGCUGCUAUGGAGAACUGGGGACUGAGCAUUUUUGUGGAGCAAAGGAUACUGCUAGACCCAAGCAUUUCUUCUAUAUCAUACCUACUGGAUGUCACUAUGGUCAUUGUGCAUGAGCUAUGUCAUCAGUGGUUUGGUGACCUUGUGACUCCAGUUUGGUGGGAGGAUGUGUGGUUGAAAGAAGGUUUUGCUCACUAUUUUGAAUUUGUUGGGACUGACUACCUCUACCCAGGAUGGAACAUGGAAAAGCAGAGAUUUCUGACAGAUGUCCUACAUGAAGUGAUGUUGCUGGAUGGUUUGGCCAGUUCACAUCCAGUAUCCCAGGAGGUGCAGCAAGCCACAGACAUUGACAGGGUAUUUGACUGGAUCGCCUAUAAAAAGGGUGCAGCUUUAAUUAGAAUGUUGGCUAAUUUUAUGGGUCACUCCGUGUUUCAAAUGGGCUUACAAGAUUAUUUAACCAUUCACAAGUAUGGCAAUGCAGCCAGAAAUGAUCUCUGGAACACAUUGUCAAAGGCUUUAAAAAAGGUUGGAAAAUUUGUAAAUAUCCAAGAAGUAAUGGAUCAGUGGACACUGCAGAUGGGUUAUCCUGUUAUUACUAUCUUCGGAAACGAAACUACAGACAAUAUCAUAGUUAUCGCCCAAGAACGUUUUGUUUAUGACAGUGAUGCUAAAACCAAGGAUCCUGACUUUGGAGACAACAGCUACUUGUGGCAGAUUCCAUUAACACUUGCAGUAGGAAACACGAGCCACAUCUCAUCAGAGGCAAUUAUAUGGGUGUCUAACAAAUCAGAACACCACAGAAUUCCUGCUUUAGAAGAAGCAAGUUGGUUGCUGGGAAACAUCAACCAGACUGGCUACUUUAGAGUUAAUUAUGAUAUUAGGAAUUGGAAGCUAUUAAUUAAUCAGCUAACAAGGAACCAUGAGGUUAUUUCUGUCAGUAAUCGAGCAGGCUUGAUCGAUGAUGCAUUCAAUCUAGCCAGAGCUGGUUAUUUGCCUCAGAAUAUUCCUUUGGAAAUCAUCAGAUACCUUUCUGAGGAGAAGGAUUUUCUGCCUUGGCAUGCUGCCAGUCGAGCUCUUUAUCCUUUAGAUAAAUUACUGGACCGCACAGAAAACUACAACAUCUUCAAUGAGUAUAUUUUAAGACAAGUUGCAUCAAUGUAUCUGAAGCUUGGAUGGCCAACGAAUCAUUUAAACAAAUCGCUUGUUCAAGCAUCCUACCAACAUGAAGAAUUGCGUCGUGAAGUCAUCAUGCUGGCCUGCAGCUUUGGUAACAAACACUGUCACCAGCAGGCUGCAACAUUAAUCUCUGACUGGAUUUCUAGCAAUAGAAACCGAAUCCCACUUAAUGUAAGAGACAUUGUCUACUGUACCGGAGUUUCACUGAUGGAUGAAGAUGUAUGGGAGUUCAUUUGGAUGAAAUUUCAUUCCAUCACAGCAGUGUCUGAAAAGAAAAUAUUGUUAGAAGCCUUAACUUGCAGUGAUGACAGAAAUUUGCUUAACAGGCUUUUGAAUUUAUCCCUCAACUCAGAAGUUGUCCUGGAUCAGGAUGCAAUUGAUGUGAUAAUCCAUGUAGCUCGAAAUCCACAUGGAAGAGAUCUUGCUUGGAAGUUUUUCAGAGAAAAAUGGAAAAUAUUAAAUGCCAGGUAUGGAGAAGCAUUAUUUAUGAAUUCCAAGCUGAUCAGUGGGGUUACGGAAUUCCUUAAUACUGAAGAAGAACUAACAGAGCUAAAGAACUUUAUAAAGACUUAUGAAGAGGGAGCUGCUGCCUCUUUCUCUCGGGCUGUGGAAACAGUGGAAGCCAAUGUGCGGUGGCAAAGGCUUUAUAAGGAAGAACUAUUCCAGUGGCUAAGAAAAUCCUUGACACACUAAUCGGUCUUUCCAGCUGACCAUUGGACAUGAAGUUCUGCAAGAGGAAAAGGAGAAAUUUUAGGGAUGUUUGACAUUAAACUCUCGAAGACAAAAUCAGAUUGCAGGGAGGAGGGUUUUUUUUCCUAUAAUUAUGGAUUUUUUUCACUGGGCUCUUGCAAAAUUGUCAAGAAGUUUUGCAGAAGAGAAGGUCAUGAAUGCUUAUGAAAUUCAGUCCUCAAUGUACACAACCAAACAUGAUAUUAUCAAGUGGUGCAUGUAAAUGUUACUGUCAGUUUGAAGAAAAAACAAACAAACAAAAAUCCUUCAAAGACUAUUUUGUGCAUGCCUGUACUGUCCCUGCCUGUGUUCUAGCAUGCUUACGUAUAACAGCCACAUUUUGUAUGUGAAUUCUUGUUACAUCAAAAAUGGGCAUUAUACAAAGCACAAAGACUGUCUCUGACAAUCAGUGUUGCAAGGAUCAAAAGGAAGGAAAGAAGGAGAAUGAAAUGGCUUUUAAGUAAGGGCAGUAUGAGAUGUAAAAUCAGCUGUCCCUCCUAGCUGCCAAGUAGUCCAGCACUCAGAUUUUCUCUUAAUGAUUAUAAAGAUGUCAGCUCAUUUUUUGAGUUGCCUGUUGUUAUAGCUGCAUAUUCCCAUGUUUAAAUAAACUACAUAUAUAUAUAGAGAGAGAGAAACCAAGAGAGAGAGAAAAUGGAUGUGUGAGAGGGAUAUCAUUCAUGCACUGUAAUUAUAUAGAAUUAUUUGCUGCUAAUCAGUGCAACCAUAUAGUUUUGAUCAUCAGCAUAUGCAGUGUUUAUGAGGAGAACUUUGCAUAGUUGAUUGGAGAGAAUCCAUGAACCACCUCUUCUGAGCAAUUUUACAAGGCAGUGGUAUUCAUGAUGGGUCACCCAACCCAUGCAAUAAUUAGUAGUGCAGCUGAUAAUGCACAAGUAUUAUAAAUAAACCUAAGCUUCAAACGGAAAUUAGCAAAAGGGGAGGAUGUCUUACAUGCAAAGGCAUAGAAUUAACCAAGAGAGCUGAGUUGCAGAGACCAGCCUCUGUAAUGAUUUAUUACGAUAGACAAGUCAGCUUUUCCAGGUGGGCAAUAUUUUUGCAAAUAUGGGAUGUACCACUUAUGUCAGCUUAGAAAAGUGAAAUAUGGAGAAAGAGGGGUGUGUGUGUGUGUGGAUAUUAGUAUUGCCUAAUAGUGAGAAAACUUUUCUUUCUCUUUUCUUAUAUUUCACAUAAACUUUUCCGGGGAAGUGAUACUUUUCUAAAUCAUGUGUUUGUUCAUUUUUUCUUAAUCUGAGACACUGGCGAUAUAGUCGAACCGUUAGUUGUACAAUGACCAUCUGUGCUAUUGAUGCUCUAUGUUGAAGAUAAAACUGAUUUAUCGUAGGGCCAAAUACUUGCCCAUGUCUGUGCCAUGGAGAAGCAAAAACUGCAGAGGGUUUACAAGAGGCAGGUUGCAGCAGCUCAGUGAGGAAAGUAGACGUACUGCAACGUUUCUAUAGCCCAGCCCAGCCCAUCGCAACCAGCUGAUCACAAUAUCACCUAUAAGUAGGGAGCAUGUGGCGAGUGAAAGCAGCAAAUAGACAUUUUAUCUGGUUGAGUCCUUCUCAGGGCAUGGAAAUUACCAAAAUGUGUCAUAGUAGCAGUUGCUCAUCUCUAGUAAGCUGUUCAAGAGUGGAAGUGUUAGAGUGAAAAGAACCAAAACCUGGCAUCUUCAAGUACUAUCAGAGUAACAUGGAGAGAGUAUUGUUUUCUAGCCUCUCACUCCCGUGGUACCCUGUUCUUCAAGAACCAGUAGACACAUCCUGUAAGUAAGCUACCAUACCCUUAUCAUGGGCUAAAGCAUCCAUCCUGAGCCUCUCAUUUUGUAUCUUCUACCAUGCAGAGGAUGCUAUUUUGUGGGCUGGGUGCACAAAAUCCCUGUGAGGGCAUUUUCCCCACUUUUUGGUGGUGUGUAGCACUACAUAAUAGUUUGACCGCAUAUAGCCAGAAGAAGAGGGAAUCCUUUGCUAUUGUACUUUUUACUUUUUGCCUUAUAGUAAGCUCAAAGUGUCUAUGCUAGAUUGUAAUGCUAGUGAACUUAUCCUUUCCACCCAGAGACAAUAACAUGAACAUGCUGAGUGAAGUCCUCCUCCUACUAUGUAUUUUACCUACCUCGCAGGGGUGUUGUGAGGCUUGAUAAUGUUAGCAAAGUACUUGAAUAUCCUCUGAUGAAAGGCUUUUUAAAAUGGAAAGUAUUAUGUUAUGUGGUUGACCAAACUCAACCUCAAUGCCAAUAUGUAGCUUCACAUUUUUGAUUUCUUCUGAACAAAAUCACAUGCAGAUUUGUUAUAAUAAAAAACAAGCCAAAUAUUCUUUAAUAGAGCCUCUAUCCUUCAAUGAAGCCCAAACUUAUGUUAUCCGAAGACUGUGCAGAAAGCCAAGCCCUCAAACAUGAUUGCUUUGGGAAUUUCAGAGAAAAGUAGUGUACAUAAUGGUCUGUCCAUUUCAAAUUCUGUCAAAAUUCUCUUUGAUGGUUCCUUCUUUUUUGCGUAUUAAACCAUAUACCUUCAGGCUGUACAUAGACGCUUCUGGUCUUUACAGAUGAAGGACAGGCUAACAAUAUGUUCCAAAGCUGAUAGUCUGGUUUUUAUGUAUUCUAUGCAGUGAGCAGAUAUUUCCACUGUUGCUCAUAUGAGUUGAAGAUCUUGCACAUGUAGCUGAUGGAUGUAAAUAUUUAGUGGCCUUGAGCAACUGGUAUAUCACAAAUAUCAAGCCCUAGCUGCAUCUACUAUACAUACCUGCUGAUGUAUUGGUUAUAAUUACUGUAUUAUAGUAAUGUUGAUAAUACUGCUAUAGUUAAGGUUGAGUUGGCCUUUCCAUUAUAAUUACCUAUUUUUUUAUUUUUUAUAUUAUGUAUGUUUCUGUUUCACAUGCAGUCAGGAUAAAAUUUAAAUGGCUUAAAUCUAAGAAAACUAUAGCUGUAUUCUACAAUAUUCAAAAACCCUUUAUUUAGUUAUAUCUUUAGAAUCUUUUUUUUUUUUUUAAGUGGCACACAGUUAUGAUACCUCAUGGAAUACUCUAAUAAGUCCACCUAGAAAAAUAUAUUUAUCUUAUUGAUUUUUAUUCUAUUUACCAGUCCUUUUCUUCCUUUGUCCUUAUCUAAAGACAGGCCCCGUUUUUAUAAUUUGGUCUGUGUUGCAGCAUUCUCAAAUACAAAGAACACAAAAAACAGCAGAAUGUUGCAGCAUUCUCAAAUACAACGAUUUCAUUUUGUCCCUUUUAGUGAGAGGAGAUGCUGCAAAAUAUGGAUCUAGUGCAGAGGUGGACCUCACUCAAACCCCACAAGUCAUUGUAUAGAGAUUUGGUAAGACCUGUAUCUCUAAUUAGCCUUUGUAUGACUCAGGAUCCUUUGCUGUAACUAAUUCUUUAUGGCAUAUUAAAGCAUAUGGGAAGACACAUGAAUAGAUGCAAAUCAAUGCCAGCAUAACAAUAUGGUAACCUGUUAUAUUUUUAUAACAUUGUCCACAAUAAAAAAACCUCAGCCUUUUACUUUGUAGCUGAUAGAAUGGUUCUCAUAUUCAAUAUUGAUAGUUAUUAAAAUGAUGGUAGCUACUAAUUGUGACUAGAGCAGAACAACGUGAAAACAUUAUUCUGAAAUGAAAUGUCACUUCUGCUUUUAUUGGGAGUACUUGAACAUUAAUUUUGAGUGAUUUUGAUGAAAACCUUCAUAUGUCAGUAAGUACCCUCAAGUAUGUGACCUUGGAUGGUCUUUUCAGUGAUUGCAGCAGGAGUUCUUAUACUGUAUUGGAAACUGAAGAUGAAUUUUGUGUAGCUUUUGGGCAAUUGUGGGUAUUUCAUUGAGCUUUUGAGUGUCAAAGGAAAUACCUCUACUGAUGCAGAGGGGUGCUUUCACAGCAAAGACCCUGGACCGUACAAUUAAAUCCUUAAUUGUAAAGACUAAAGGCUAAGAAGAGAAGAAAAUGUUAUAUAUAUGCUGAUGUGAAAUACACUCUGUAAAGAUAAUUUUCCAAUAGAAUGUCAGUAUGUCUUUUUUGUUUGAAUGUGAUAAUAUUAAAGUGAAGCCAGUAUUUGCAGACAAGGGUGCCUUGUUUAGGUACCUACUGAAUAAGGAUUUGUUUUCCCAGAUCAUUAACAGUACUGAACGCAAUUAAAAGAGACUUUGAGUCAAGCGUAAAUUUUUUCCUUUGAGGAAAAGGGAUGUGACUCUGAAAAUAUAAAUCACAAAUUUGUAUUAUCUAAAUAUACUCUAGUUAACACCCAUUCUGUAACGAGCACUCAGCAUGUUGUGCUGCCUGUCCUGACGCAGAGUUUACAGCCACAGUAUCAGGGUGAGCACGAGGAAAUAAACAGACAGUCCUCCUGCUUUUGACCUGCCUAAAUAUAGGCUGCUCUCCCAGCCUUACGCAGUCUGAAAACUGCUGGCUGUAUCAUCCACCGCUGCUGUCAGCCUGACUGGGUCAGGAAGGCAGCUGGGAACUCGUGAAUUGCAGAGAGACCCCAUGCAAGGUUCCCUCAACUAGACGGGAGGGGCAGAAGGUCCCUGUGCUGGUUACAGGUUGUGCACAGUCUUCAGAGAUUAGUGUCAUUGCGUUGUGCUCGCAGGAGAUAAAGGUCCAGCUACUGAGCCUGCACUGUACAGAAGAAUCUAAGUUUCUGCACUGUGGUCACCCAGACUGGAAAAUCUUGACAGAAAUCCUUGUAAAGGCCUAGAAUUUUGUCAUGUCUGUUUUUCAGAAGUCAUUUCAGACGGUCAAACAUAUUUUGAAUUUUAAAGUGUAUAUAAGAACGGAGAGAGUCUUCUCCUAUAUGUUUUUUUGUUGAUGCUGAAAAUAUGCCAUGAGUUUCUCAGGCGUUUUUGUCACAAAGAUUUUGGAAGUAGGCCACUACAAAUGAGCGUAGAUUAUGUGUACUGAAUGUCAGAGUGUCAGGUGACAUCAACAUCUCAGAGAGCUGUGUGGCAAUAGCAGUAGUAGUAGUAGUAGUAGUCGUAGUCGUAGUCGUAGUAGUAGCUGUACUAAUACCACCACCAAAAAAUUCAGAAGUCCAUGUAAAUCUAUAUAGCACUAGUGCCUGUGUAGUUCCCUUUUUAUAUACAAAACUGUAAAAAAUUAACCACUUUGUUUCUCAAGUGACUGUGGCAACUUCUGCCUAUUUUAAAUACUGAAAUCCAUUAAAACCACUGUCUUGAUCAAGUAGUCCUUUCUUACAUGAGUAAUUUAGUUUUGAAUGAGAAGGAAGAGGAGAAAGGGGCUGGUAUGUAUAAGGAUUUUUUGCCAAAGUAAGGCCACAUGCUAAGUUGGAGAGUAAUUUUAAAAUCCAGUGUAUUUUGAAGAAAGCUGAUUGAUCUUCUGAACUUAGCUCUGUCUUGUCACUUCAUGCUGACAUUGGAGGGUAGCUUGACCUCAGAAUACCCCUACAUUGUAGCACAGUUGAGGUCAGAUUUUAUGAAACACUUACAAGUGGAGCUGGUUUCAAUGCGACUUUGUGUUACAGAAAGAUCACCCACAUGAAGCAAGUGCUUUGGGUUCAGACCUGUGGUCCUCUCUCAGAAAACAGCAUGUAUAUUUGAUUAAUUCAUAGCCAGCGAAGUAAGUGCUGAAUUGCCAAGUAGUAUUUCUGAACGCUUUGUUUACUUUAUGUGCACUAUUUCCGAAGGCUAUUAAAGCACCGUUGGCAGAGGACAUACAGAUCGGCAGUGUUGUAAGAGUUGAGCAGACUGUACCGCAGCAGUCACGAGCCAGAAUGCUUUAGCUCGAGUGCCCAGCGUUUCCUUGACAGCUCGGCUCAGAUUUGCUUCAGACUGAUAUCAUUGGUUUAAUGGAUGAGGCCAAGAGCCGAGAUGCAUUCUCAGUUCUCUGCAACACGUUUCAGUCCAUGGGAUUUAUUAAUUUCUGUAAUUUCAAAAUAAUCUAUCGCCAAACCAAUGAUAUGUAUGGCCUCAGACCCCCAGCUGGUACGCAGAGAGGUAGAUCCGUUGAAGUGAAUGAUGUGAAUUGCAGCUGAGGAUCUAGCCCACUGCUUUCAAAACACCCCCCUGAGGUGACAGCUAGACUGAUGUACAGACUGUUUUGUGUAUUUGUACGUAAGCUCCAGUAGCACAUAUUUGAUGACAAAUGUUUUUUGUUCUGCUUUUGCUUUUUGUUAGAAUAAUACUUUGUAAUUGGCUCCAGUAUGAUAAAACUUUAUAAUAUAUUUGGAGAACUGCAGAAUACUGUACUGUGAAGAGUGUGGCUACUACCCUCUCUUUUUACUGCAAAUAGUAGAUUUUGGCAACGACCGAGUUCCCUGGACUUAGAAAUUCAGUGAAAAAAACAUUCUGCGUGUUUUCUAAUGGAAACAUCAUUGUAAUUACUGUAUAAUUACCCUGUACAAAGACGACUUUAUUAUAUGUGUAAAUGUAAUUUUGCUAUGUUGUUUUUAUGUUUGAGGGACAACUGGCUUUAGUGUGGAUGAGACAUAUAGCCUUAUAAAAACAGAGAUUGUAGCUCUCUGUCUGAUGUUUUGCUGAAAGGUGUUCGGUUGCUCUAUUUUGCAGAAGAUAAAUGUAUACAUAAACCAGUUUUCUGAAAACUAAUGAUCUGUUCCACUACAUACACAUCAAUGACAUAAAUGGAUCAUAAUACUGAAAUAAAGGCUUCAUAGUAAAUUGCAUUAUUUUCCCAAAAGACUCUACAUGUAACAUCUUAUGACACUACAAAAAGUAAGAAAAAGUCCUACAGCUAUUAAUGCUGGUUAUAAUGGAUGAGUUCCUCUAUUAUUUCUGUCUCAUCCUUAUAUUAAUUCUAAAUAUUCUAAUUAAGUGAGCAUACUUUUCCAUCUGUUCUCAAAUCUACACUCUUCUUGAAUGCAAUUGUCAAGUAAGAGGUGGAACUGGCUCAGUUUAGAUAGAGUUCACCAAUGAUUUUGCACAUGAGAUGGUGUUUAUGGGAACAGAAUGUCAUUUAAACUUACAGGAAAUAUAGAUCAUCACGUAGUAUCAGAGUUCUCUCUGUAUGUGCUAUAUAUACAUGCGUGUAUAGCUUCUAGUUCUGGACUGUUUGCUUUGGCAAAACUUCCGUUAGUUGUUUGCUUUUGACUCAACAAAGCAGUUAGACAUGUGCUGAAUGUGUGGCUAUUGCUGGCCGUGACUCAGCCACAUACUUAGGCACGUAAGCAGUCCCAGUGAUUUCUGUGAGACUAACCACCUGCUUUAAAUUAUGUAUCAGAUUAUUUAUCUGGCUGAAACAGACUUUCUCGAAAGUGAAAGAUUUAUACACGUGUUUCAAGUGCGGAAUAGAAUGAUGCGUUUUUGCUGAAUUUAAAAUCAUAACUUAUUUUAUACUGGGCCAAAUGCUCUUCUCUCUUUUCUUUUUUAUAGGAAAACGUAUAUUUUGCAUAGAAAGGGGAGAUAAUGAGUCUCAGUAAAUUUCAAAAUGUCAAAUUUAACAAGAUUUUUCAUUUUUGUUUAAGCCAUUCUAGGAUUUGGGAAUAAGAAUGGAACUACUUGUGCAAUGCUAAUUAACGACAAUACAACAAAAUACAACUUUACUAAGCAAUUUAAACCAUUAACCAAAUAAAAUAUAUGAGUUUAUGUUACAAUUUACCAGAAAAGUGUGUUUCCAUGCUAUACCUUUAAAAACGAUUCCAUAAAUAUGGGACCAGUAUGUGUUCAACAUGAAAUUUUUAUUCCACUCUAACUAAGGACUGACUAAAUGGAUUUUUUUUAAAUGAGAAACUUUAUCUUCUGUAUUUUAAGCAGAACAAAUUUGAAUUUUGUCUCUGAUAAUAAAAUUUUGUACAGUAAUGUGUAAUUCAUCACUGUCUUAAUUUUCUGACAUGUGGAGACAUGGCUAAGAUAAAUAAUACCCUCAGCCUUUUGAUGAUGUUCCCGUUUUCAUUUGAGAUAACAGUUUAAUAGUGCUGAAUAGAUACACUGAGGUUUUACAAAAGAGAAAAAUAUGAAAGAAAAAAUAUUUUUGACAUGAGGAGGUUUUCAAAACACAUUAAAAUGCUGGGACUAGUACAAAGCAGAGAUUCUGAAAAAUCCCAAAAUUUGGGCUUGGAAAUAUUCUUAAACACUCGACGACUAACAGGACACUGAGAUUGGAACAGAGAGCAAAGCAUGUCUUUUAUGCUUUUCUAAUUGUGUAAAUUUUGAAUAAGCAAAAAGAUCUUUUCAUUGGUAAGAGUGAUUUCAACUGGAAUGCAGUUCAAAUGACUUUUUAAAUAGAGUCCUUGAGUUCAGGCUAUUAUUUCCUUUUUUUUGAAGAACAGUUUUCAGUAACAAUGAGAUGUAAAAUAUGAGUAAUUAUUUACCCGUUGGAUACAAUCGUGUUCCCACUGAAGUCAGUUGGAGCUUUGACAUUGACAUUACUGGGAGCAAAAGCCAACCAUAUAUUUUUCAAAAUAUACCUUUCAAUGCCAGAAUAUCUUUUUUCUUUAACAGUGAAGAUGAUUUCUCCUGUACUGCAUAUCUUAAUCUGGUGAAAAGGUGAAGGGAAUUUUUCAGCUCCUCAUUCUUCAAAGUUCAAUUGGAAACAUUGAUGAUUUGACCACAGGUAAG